AUGGCGGAGGAAAUUGUCUCUGUUGUGGUGGGAAGAGUUGGUGAUUUGCUCAUACAAAAAGCAAUAUCCUUGCAUGGGGUGAGUGACCAAGUUGAACAGCUACAAGAUGAGCUCAAACUAAUCCGAAGUCUCCUAAAAGAUGCAGAUGGGAGGCAAAAUGAAAGAGAUAGUGUACGCAAGUGGGUUGCAGAUAUCAGAAAUGUUGCUUAUGAUGCCGAAGAUAUUAUUGAGAGAAAGAUCUUGGAAAAAGCUAAAUUGGAAAACUUUCUCAAGGUCAUCAAUAUUAAUGAUGAGUCCAAUGAAGAAAUAGAAGCUCCCAUUGGUGAAGUUUAA